AUGACAUUGCCCCAUCCCCCACCCCCGCAAAGCUGUCAUCCGUUCUUGGCCCUCCCCCUCGAACUCCGCCUCCUCAUCUGGGAAACCUUUGGCUCGCAACCCCGCGUCUUCGAAUACCGAGAAGACACCCACCUCAUCAAACCGCCCCGCGAGUAUCGGCACCCGCGCGCCGCCGGUCUCCUCACAAACGCCGAAUCGCGAAAGGCGACCCGCGCCCUCCUCCGUCCCUUCCCGUACCCCUACGACGUCCAAAAGGAUUCCCGCCCGUCGCCGCCGCCGCCUCUGGAAUUCGUACCAUUCUCGGACAUUGUCUACCUUCCGCCGCUCGUCUACCGCACGCGUCUCGGAGCGUGGGACUCGCUCUGGACCACCAAGCCGGGCAUCGAAAACGUCGGGAUCCACUGGUCCGUUCUCCUCGAUGAGCGGCGCAUCGCCGAAGCGCUACGGGCUUGCUCGCGCUGCUUCACCGAUAUGAGGAGGCUAGCUGUUUUGAUCGAGUUUACGCCGCUCCCGCAGCCCGAGGAGGAGGUCGGUAACGGUGGGAUCGUCAGAUUGUUGGGCCCUGCGGAGGAUGACUUUCGGCUGCCGAGUUUGUUUGCCGGGGCGCAUGGGUUGAUGGAUGAGUUCUGGACUUGGGGGGAGCUGAGAACGGCUCUUGAAAAGGUCAGGAGAGUGAUGAAGUGGGAGAAGGAGGUCGAGGGGAUGCUGUACACCAGGGAGGUGGAGGAGAAAUUGGCUUGCUGA